AUGGGAAGCGCCUCCCAAAGAGAAAGUGCCUGUGCCCUGGCCCGCCAUGAGAACAGCGAAGCGCAAAGAUUUGCCGAGCAUGUGAGGUCGAAGCGCACCUUGAAGGAGAUUGAGGCGAUGAUGGUUGAAAGUGGGGAUGUCAGCAUAAACAUGUUGCAUCCGGAGAAGUGCAAGUGGCUGGAGGAGAUUUCAAAGCAGAUCCUCCAAGGAGAUAGGGAAACAAGGUACUUCGCUAUCUGCAGAUUCAAAACAGUCUUCAACGGAAUGCUGGCAACAAAGGAUUCUGACGCAUGCACGAAGUAUGCUUCAUACGUGCUCAACCAAACCGUCAUUCUGGAGGAGCUUUCUCGGGGGCUGCGAGAGUAUGAAGAGGACAGGAAGUGUUAUCUACUCCCUAAAGAGCAAAUGAGGAAGAGGCAAGCGGGGAGACAGGCGAGAGAGCAUGUGACCUUGUUCUCGGUGGUGGCUAUGUAUUCGAAUGCCCUUGCGAGUCUUGCAUUAGACAAAAGAGCAGGCAAAUUUAAAAGGACGCAACUGAAAGAUAUAGUCAACAUCCUGAUGAGGAACUAUGACGCCGUCAAACUUCCGGAAGAGCUGAGCUUGAGGUUUUCAUUUUCGGUCAACCCUGAGCUUCAAAGUAAGUUGGGAUUAGCAAGGACCCUGUUUAUUCUAGCCUCAGCAAAGGAGCUUGGCAGCAGGUUCAUCAAGACUGUGCUUCAAGACGCUCUUUCUGCGUCCGAGUAUCCCAGCCUUGGCAAUGACGCAAUUGCCACGUUGCAUAUGUGCGGUAAAUCGACGGCAUAUGCAUGUUGCGUAAGCCCGGAAGCAGCUCGGAUUGUCUUCACUGUCACUAGCACAGUCCUCAAAACAACCAGCGACAAGGGAACGAUUCAAUUCGCGAUGCUGCUGCUGGGGGGUACUUUUGGGAGAGACAAGUCCUUGCUGAAACUCAUCCAAAGUUACAGCGCUAUCUCAUCCUGUCUUCUGGCUAUGGCGACCACUUCUGCGACAGAGACUGAUUUCAACAAGCUUGCGGUUGCAUGUCUGCGAAUGACGUUGCCAGGAGUCAUGAAGGAAGCAAGCUCAUACGGCGAGAAGUUGCAUCCAGAGGAGCUGAAGGCGCUCGAAGCCCUACUAGCAAAAGACGAGCUGGCAAGGAGACGGAGGAAGGAGUUUGAUUCUAUCUUUGGGACAGAGAUGAAAGAGGCCCUUUCUUUCGGGGCUGACGAAGGAAGCGCUGGAGAGUUCAAGCAAUCAGCCGAGUUCUCUGCAAGCCGUUUGACUCCUAGCGAUGAGCCGACCACCUUUUUCAACGUGACGCAAAGUCCUCUCAGGAGAUGUGCGAGAAAGGAGUGCAACAGAGUUGAGACGUCGGCAAAGGAGUUCAAAGUCUGCGGCCAAUGUCGAUUUGCGACAUACUGCUCCGAAGAAUGUCAAAAGCAUGCCUGGAAAGAAGGCCACAAGAAGGAAUGUAAAAGUGCAUCCGUCGCUCUGAGGAUGAAGUGA